AGGUUUAUUCAAGACAAAUUCUUAACGGUAAAGUAUCAAAAAAUACCCUAAAAAUGGCAGAAAACGACGCCGUAAAUGGCAACAAGGAAGCACCUACGGACCUCGAAAAGAAGAUCAUCAAGCAAGUGGAGGUAACGCUGCUAUUUUUAUCUACAGUCAGAGCUUAUGAUUAAUACAUGAGUCUAGUUCUUGAUAUAAUGUCAAACUGGAACUUUACUACGAAUCUUUAUGCUGAGUAAAUACUUUUUUACCAAUGUACUUUAGGCAUCGUUAAUCAUUCAGCAGGAGAACGUUCGACUUAUAGGUAACUUAAAUCCGUAUGGUCAAGCUGGUCAAUAAGCGAACUGUACUCUCUGCUCAGUUUGUAGAAUGUACAGUACUGAAAUGGUUAAAAUAAAAAACUGAGUUUUGUGCCCCUACUGAAGACUUUGAUAUUUUUUUGUAUUGCACUUACGCUCGGUUUUGUCAUUAUGAUCUCGAGGUCCCGAGACAGUCGUUACGUUAUGUAGUGCAAUUUAAUAUACAAGGAAGCAAGCUCUGUCACAGUGGUUCAUAUCGUACUGCAUUUCCUUAAAAUCUCCCUUUUUAACCCUUUUUUGUGAGAACUGAUCUUUAAUUUCAAAUUUUCUCUUUGCAGUUUUACUUUGGAGAUAAAAAUCUUCCCAAGGAUAGGUUUCUGAGACAAAAAGCUGAAGAAGAUGAUGGAUGUAUCCUGAAAUUUGAGAGCUGUCAAAUGCUUAAAUCGGAUUGACCUUGUAGCUUAAGAAUGCUCAAUGUUAAACUCUUAGACCACUGAUAACUCUUCAAUGUCCACGAUUAUUAAUCAGUGUUGGUACAAACAUUUACAGGGUUAAAAUCCCACUACCAAAUAGCAAUUUACAAUUUAGUAACAAUUCAUCGAGUUGUGAAGCUCCCGGGAAGUUUAAAGCAUAUCAAGACAUAGCAAAGAGUAUUCUUUUUCACAUAGUGAAGAGCAGCAAGGGUUUGUUGAGUGUCCCUCUCACUUCUCAAGUGUUUCAUAUGAAGGCAUUUCUUCUGAAGAAAUAUUCCAUUUUUAGUACUUCACUCCAAAACCCUCAUGAUCAGGAUGCAUAAUGGGACUGUAAAGAAUGCUUAUACAGUUUAAUUUUUUUUAAAAUAAAGGUUAUUAUUUGGCAGUAGCACAAUUGUAUAUGAUUACCACUUGCAGAACGAACUGUUAAACUCUCACAUGCAAUUUGGAACAUUUGACCCUUCCUUGCAAAAUCUUUACAAUAUAUAGCAAACAGAUCAUAAGUGGGGAUGAGCAUUUAGGUGAGGUUGUGUCCCUGGGAUCUAAUGCCAAACUCUCUAAACUGCUUUACAAGGAAAUAUACAGCAGUUAUUAGGGAGAAAUGAGGAUUAGAUCAAGAAAGUUAAAAGGUCAGGGAAGUUUUUCCUUUCUUUAUUAUCACCCUGGUCAAAGUAUUAAAAAAAGCAACAUCUAAUACCCCUAGGACUUCACAAUAAAGUUAUGUUUAUUGAUUUAUUUCUUGACAAAAGCCUAGGGAUAACAUUGGAGUGUCUUGCAACAUUUAACAGACUCAAGGUAAAAAUUUGAUAUUAAAAAUUUAAGAUGUGCUCAAUUUAUUUAUUUUUAUACAAGUUGCUCCAUAAACAGCCUUUGACUUUAUCUUCAGGCAUUAUCAGCAGAUACAGAUGUGAUUGCAAACGCUUUGAGAAAAUCAGAUGCAGGACUUGUCGAGGUACAAACACUUGAUGUGUCAAUCUUCUUAUUUCUUGGUCAGCCACUCAUGGCAAAUAGUCAACAUCCCUUUUUUCUUUAAAAAACAAGCUCAAAUGUUACCAAUUACCAGUUUUGCUAUGAUGAACGGCUAAUGCUUGAAAUCAAUGGCAGAACUUUCUAAGGUGGCCCAUUUACAUUAACAACUCAGUUAAAAAAAUCAAAUUAUCAUUUAACACCUCCACCAAUGCAGCACCACAGUUUCUUUAGUAACUGCCUCCUUGUAUUCAAAAGUUACCAUCUUUCUUACUGCACAUGGGACACUUUUGACUUUCCUAAUCCCAGCAGUUUGAAGGAUGAACCUGCCAUAGCAUCUCUAGAAAUUUUUUUCAAUAUAUUGAAAUUCAAACUGGGCUCUGAGGCUUGGGGGAAUAAAACAAAAGAGAUCACUUUGAGGUCAAGGAAUGAUUAAUUAAUUUCUUUUGUUUUAUUCCCCCUUGCCUCAGAGCCAUGUUAGAAUUUUUAACCCUUUAACUCCUACCAGUGGAUCAAUAUGCAACUUCUCCCAAUAAUAUCCAUACAUUAUCCAGCAAACAGGUGAUGAGAAUGCUCAAACUUAUCAGGUAGAAGUUGUCAUCUUGAUCUAACACCAAAUUCUUGUUACUAAUUUACAAGGAAACAUGUAGCAGCUAGAGGGGAGAAUUAACAAUCAGAUCUUGGGAGCAAAAGGGCUAAUGUAAUGAAAAUGGCCCAGUCCUCGAGCCCUUAUUUUCUUGAAGUACCUGAUAAACUAAUGAAGAUAGAACUGAAGUUUUUUCCCUCUGUUUUCAUUGUUAUAGAUCACUGAAGAUAAUAAAAAAUAAGACGAGUCUCGUCCAAACCUCUCCCAGAGAACACUGUUGAAGCAAGACAAACUGCAAAGAGCAAAACAGUCUAUUGUGUAUGUCUAAUUGUUAAUUCAUAUCAAUAGAAAUACAUUGCAUCUACUCAAACUGGAGCGACACAUACAUUGUAAACUAAUGAUGAGGCACAAGUGCAACAAACAAUUCCAACAUUGCGGCAAAUCAAAUGUCUGGAACUCAGUAAUUAACUCCUGAUUUUUUUCAUGGACCCAUGAUGUUUACAUGUAGCAAAAUUGUUGGUCAAAUGUCAAACUCUUACGGUAGUUCUUUUUAUUUUUUUUAUUGUAUGCUCACAAACUUUUAAUUAGUAACUGGAAUUGAAAAAAAUGGUAUGCUGCUGUCAUAUAAAUUUUCUGGGUUAUUGGCUGAUUUUGGAAGUUUUUACGAAGCUUUUUAGCAAGCUUGCAUUGAACAAGUUGUCAUUAAGGAAAUAUCAAAUCCAGGAAAGUUUUUUCCCCCAUAUGGAUGUACAGCUCACUUUAAUACUGACACCACUGUGAUCUCCACACAGAAAGGGUUCCCCAAAGAUUCCAGUCUUGAUCAACUGGAGGAAUUCUUUGCUAGUUAUGGAAAGGUAAGAAGCUGGGACUUGUACUAAUUUUUAUGCAUUUGUGUCAAGAAUUUUUCAGGGAAAACAUACAGCUUUUUAAGUGCCACGCCAGGAAACUAUUAAAUUUUUUAAGGCACCGUUUUCAACAGCUUUUUGUGUUGAUUGAUUGAGGUUGUAAUGCCACCAGUUGCUCUAUUUUUUUAACCUUCCAACAUUUUGAUAUCAUCUAUGAUCUAUUGGUGAACAGAUGCAAAAUAAUAUGGCAUGUAUUUGUCAAAUAUAACAUGAAGUGGUGAACAAUUUGAUAAUCUACAGCAUCCUUGGAAAUUUGUUUUAAAAAAAGCGAAAAACUGGAGCCUAUAAUAAGUUUCUGUGUAAAAAAUUAUUUACCAUAAUUUUUGCCAAUGAGUUGUUAUGAAAUAAUCGCCGUCCUCGGUUAAACGCCCCGGCGUUUAAUCAAGUUACUAUUGCGUUUGACGCAACGGUAAGUGGAAACAAAAUUGUUACUUUUUGAAAACCCAGGGGAUUGAUAUCUAGCUCUUUAAAUACAUGUACAACUGUUCGUGUGUUUCAAUUUUUUUUUUUCAAUAUUUUCGUCAGGUUAUUUACAUCAUCAUGCGAAAAGAUUUGGAACGUGCGUUCAAAGGAUCUGUGUUUGUAGAAUUUUCGACUGUUGAUGAAGCAAAAGCCUUCACGUCUCUGGAGUCAGUGAAGUACAAUGACGAGGAACUGAUCAAAAUGAUGAAGUAAGUAGCUAGAGCUAUGCAGGAUCUCACAAUGAAGAAAAUCCAAGAAAAUCGUGUUUGAAUGGAGUUUUUGAAUCAUUUAUCAUGAUGGCAAUUGAAUUGAAUGAGUGCGAGGAAUUUUUUUUUUCUGUGAUUUCUUUUGCAGUGGGUCAAUGAAAACGACCUUGUAAUAUCUUUAAAAUAAUUUUUUUUGUUUUUGAUUUUGAUUUUGUGUUUUUGUUUUGUUUCUUAGCUUGUAUGUUUGUUGGAAUGUAUUUUAACACCAGCAAAGCAGGCAUAGCAAAGAAAAAUGUUCUUUAGAGUUUUGUUAAGUUUUGUUUGGCUGUCUCGUUAUUUGUGGGCUUUUAUUAUUAUUUUUUUCUGAGAAUGGAAUUAUGAUGACAUCUAAAAUCAUUAUCCCAGAGUGGCUUUUACACAGAAGGAUAGCCUUGCAAUCGGCAGUCUCGGCUCGAAAAUCGAUCCUCAACUCUCGGAGCUUUCAAGGUUCAUGGAUUAAGAUGUCAUUCUGGAACCCUGGGCCCAGUUGUUCAAAAGCUGAUUAGCGCUAACCAAAGGUUAAAAUUUUAAUCUGGGUUUCUUUAUUCCUUUACUCAAAAAGCCUCUUUGGGUUAAUGUCCUGUGCUCUUUUUAGAGCAUCAAAGAGUCAUGUUCUAGACAAAAAGAAUUCGACAGAAUUUUCUUUUAAAGCUAUCAGAUCUGAAAUCAGAUUUCACCCUAACCCUGGGUUAUCUUAACCCAGCUUUGAACAACCCGGCCCGGAUUAAUAGUGAUUUACAAAGCAUUUGAAAAUGGGCUCCAUUUUUUUAACAAUUUACGCUUAAGGUACGCCUUAUCGUUAUUUUAACGUGAAGUAUUUCUGCAAUAGGGGUGAUUACUACAAGAAGAAAGAAAGAGAAAAUCCUCACAAGAAAGAGGAGAACAAGAGAAAGGCCGAGUAAGUGUGUUCAUGUAUAAUAUGUUUUUGUUAUAGAAAAUUAUGAGUUGUUCAUCGUGGUAUUUGUUCUGGGAUAAAUGAACUUUUCAUCGUUUGCAGAGUCAGGCUAUCUAUUGAACUGAUCUUCAUUGAUUCUCUAAUGGAGAAAUUUGACGAAAUUAUCCAGUUCCUUCAUUUUCUCUUUCUAUUUUCCAAGAAAAAAUGACGAUGCAAAAGAAACGAAAGAAGAAAGCAAAGAAGAUGCAGAGGAAAAAGAGGUAUAAGAUAGAAUACUCAUUAAAUCUUUAAAUUUCAUUCGUUAUCAACGUCUGGCUUCUCCUUAUAAGAGCAAUACAUCAUCUUACAAACAGGUGAUGAGAAAGUAACCAUCUAUCAGCACGAGGAUUUUGUCUAGAUGGAACACCAAAUUCUCUAAACUAGUUAAUUAAGAACGUAUAGUAACUACAACGGAGAAUUGAUAACUAGAUCGGGGAAUUUAAGGCCCGUCAAAUUUGUUUGUGUAUGACUUUUUACGUGAUCAGCAAACGCUUUUUUGAAAAUAGUGGCUUGUUUCUCUUCGACUGAAAAUCGCUAGAGAGGUUUCUCGAUAUUUUCUCCAAUUAAAGCCCUUAGUUACUUUUUAAUUAUAGCUAUUAGAACUUUCUCUUUUUAAAAAUUAAUUUCCAAAGACUGCAUACCAACGGAAUACCUUUAUUUUGGAUCAAGAAAGAUGGUAAAUUUUAAGAUCGCUCCUGGAAUGAAAACUUGUGACGAAUCUAUUCACUUGUCACUAGCGUAGGACAACAACUAAAGCUUAGUUCCCGCGCUUUCGAUUCACGCGAUGCGAUACCUCAGAAAUCCCUGAAAACUAGAUUAUGGUACCGUAUUGCCAGCGUAAAAGGUCCUCUUAGUGCGAUGGUAGAACAUUCGACCGCAAAAGCCGAAAGUCUGCGCUUCUAAUCCUCCUGGGGACUAGGACGCGGUUUUUCCCUUUUUCUGUCCCUCUUUGUUACGAAUUGAUUAUAUCUUUCCUUAGAUGGAUAAUGUCAGAAACAAACGUUGCAAACGUUUCGGCAAGUGCUCUGAGCUAGGUUGAUAUCUUUUUUUGUUUCUUCAUCGUCAUAUGACAAUGCAGCUCCGUGGCUCAGUAGUAGAGCAUCGGAGCGUGGAAUCCGAAGGUCUGAGGUUGGAUUCCUCGCUCGCGACAAGAUGAAAAACAUCUUUCUCUAUUUCUUUGCAGAGUUUAAAACUUACCAUCUUCUUAUUCUAUUUACAGCUCGUUUAUUUUUAAAAUUUGUCAUAUUUUUAGGAGGCCUUGAAGUAUGACAGUGGCUGUGUGCUACAUUUCAAAAAUGUAGGCGAACAGACAUCUCGUGAAGAUCUGAAGGUAGAGUGGUUUUGAAAUUAAUUUAUUCGUGAUUAUCGUUGUUAUCAUUAUUGUUAUUAUGAUGAUUAUUAUUUUACAGUUGAGGUCAGAAAUCACGUAGAGAUUUAUUGAAAACCAUCGUUAAAGGUACAUGUACCUCCCACCCUCCCCUCCCUGUCUGUGUGAAUUUAGCGGUGAGGAACUAUUUCCUAGUAACUUGUCAAUGUGCUCUGUCCUACCCCUCCCCGCUUCUCUUUACAAUGCCAAGGAUAAUGAUUCAAACUGAGGUGACAUGAUGCGAGGUUUAGGGCCGAACGAGGCAAGUGAAUUCCUGAAGAUCUUUUUUUCUUUUCUUUUGAUUAAAGCUGAAUACCCAAUGUCGAGAAAUGAAAAACCGCACUAUAAAAUCGAUGGUUUGUAGGGUGAAAACCGAAAAAUGCACAGAUUCCCUUAGAUACAUGUUGAUCUUAAACUUUACGGGAAAAAAUCAUGUAGUUUCUUCUUCUUUCUUCAAGUUCAUGUGUCCUCGUUUCCUCGUUUCAAACUAACCCUCAAAAGUGGAAACGUGGCAUCGAGACAACGAAGGCUAAUUAACACGCAAGCCAUGAAAACAGAGGAGAUGAAAAAAUUCUGCCAUUCUUGAAUAAGGUCUAUAGAAAUGUGUUAAAAUCACAAGCUCAGCGCAGUUCUUGUUGCAUUACAGAGUCUGUUCGGUGAGCAUGAAGAUAUCGCUUGGGUGGACUUCACCAGAGGAGAAACAGAGGUUUGUGCAAUUAGAAUAUCCUUCUGUGCAAAGGUUUCUUGCCUCCAAGACUCGUUGUUGUGGAGAGCCUGGUUCAGAACAGUGUGAUAAGAAAAGAACACAAAGAUACACACGUUGUAGACAAAACAUCACCCCAUACUUUUCUCUUACUUUUUAUUGGCCGACAGCACGACACGUGAUCUGCGAUGUAUUGCCCAAAAAUAAUCGAAUAUUGUGCUCAUGCGUAGUAGGAUCAUCGCCUAUUGUCACAAAUGAUCAAAUGGCCCCAAAAUUGUCUGAGAGUGAUUCCUGAAAAUAACCAUGAGUAAUAAACCUUCUGAUCUGAAUCUACGUUUAAUUUGCUCAAUCGAAGAAGUUGUCAAAUUUGAGCUAACCAUAAACGGCCGAUAAGUCUGCUCAGGCUAAAAUUUCACGUAUGACUUUGAGUCUGUCAAGAGGAAAUUCGCGCAAAGCUUGGAGUAUUUUUAACCGAAUUAUGUUGACAGUGCAGUUCUCUGUUGCAGGGUUUCAUUCGUUUCUCUAAAGAGGGAGGAGCCCAGCGAGCCAUUGACGCUCUAAAGGAAGCAAACGACGGUAAAAUACUCAUCAGGGAUGUGGAAACAACUCUUCGGGUCCUAGAAGGUGUGAUUCUGUUUAUUUGAUCGAAAGCUGGGGCUCAAACUCUCGACCUUUCGCACAGAUAUGGAGCUCUACAAGAAGAUCCAACCGAAAGGCGCUUAAAAUGCUCCUUAACCCUCUCUAUCCUUUUCUCUCAUACCCUAAAUUUGUAGAUGAACUCCUUACUCAAGUACAUCUUUGUAUUUAUUUUCUUUUAAAGGUGAGGAGGAAAAGAAUUAUUGGUUAAAAACAAAAGAAGACAGAGAAAAAGCCAAGCAAAAGAAAGGUAACCUUUGACAUGCGCGCGUCUUGUUGUUAAUGUUCUCGAAAAUAAAGAUACAACUAUUCUGUGCCUCGGAGACAAUACCUUUUUAUUCUCUGUGUCCUUUAAAAGACGCGGAUUCUUUCCUUUGGCUUGUCAUUUCUUCUACAGAGAAAUUAGCCCUGUAAUUCCUCAGGAGUGACUGGCAUUUGUUUCCUUCUUACAAUAUCACCCCUGAAUCAAACAUAAAAGCAAUGGUCUUCAACUCUAGGAGCACUUGACUGUUAAACAAAUUCUCCAUGUCACCAUCAUAGAGAAUUUGUAGAGAGCAGUAACGAGAAUAAACCCACUUAUGUUGAGGUGUAAGGGGUCAACCCUUUAUUCUUAAGGAGUAAGGAAUAAAGGGUUGAUAAGUAAUUCCUUUCAUUUCUCUCUACAUUAUCAGUAUUGAACAAACAUGGAGGUUAUGACAAUACAGGCAAUGACCACACAUUCGAGUAGCUCUUGAUUAAACAAGUUCUCCUUGUCAAGUUCUCAUUCUCCAAGUCAAGGGAAUGUAUUGAGGACACUAUCGAGAAUAUACACACUGAUCUUGAGGUGUAAAGGGUUUAAGGGUUUCUCAAAGUAGAUACUUUUGUAUUUGUUACUGGGGACUGUAAUUUUCUUUUUUUUUUUUAGGAAGGAAAUUUAAAGGAGGACAAGGCGGUCGAGGUGGUCGGCCUCAAAGAAAAAGACGAACUUCCGACAGGCUGGAAGGAAAACGAAACGAUGGAAGCGACGAAAAAUCGACAGCGACUCACACGAGAUUUGAUGAAGGGGAACCUUCUGCUAAGAAAACGAAGACAGACGAUGAUUGAUCUCAAGGGACUCGUCGUAUGCACUGCGCAUGCACAACCGGCUUAAGUUUUUAUUGCUCUAGUUUUGGUGCAUUUUUUACAUCUCAAGAACAAGAUGUUUUAGUUUUAAACUAACUUAUUAUACUAGCUCUUUCUUAGAGCCGUUAUCCUAUAGGUCGAUCACUAAGGAACGGGAGGCGCUGUUUCAAAGCUUUCUUUUUCAGUUCGCGUAGAAACCAAACCCCAUUUUUAGUUUUUGUUAGUUUGAUUAUUUUAUUAUCUAACCAAUCAUGUACUUAGAGAAAUUGCUUUCUUUCCAAGCCUUUGUAACUGUGGCGCUGGCCAGAGACUGGGAACUAGACCAGUAGUAAAAUUGGGGUCCUCCUAAAUGGAGUAGAAGGAGGUUCCCUUUGUAUAGGAGAAUACUUUCUACGGAAGGGUUGAAAAGCAGUGAAGUUGUAUCGGUGAAGCAGGGGGAAAACAAAGGAUUUUCUUGAAAUUUGUUCACCUUCUCUUUCACUUGAUUAGAAAUGAUUUCUAACUUGUUCAGUUUCACGUUGAUGAUAAUAGAGUGCUUUUUGAUUGAGUGUCGUGAAACAAAACCAAAAUUUCGUAGAAAAGGUUGUGGAUACAGAGAAUAUAUUUAAGAGCCAAUGAGAACUCAAAGUUAAAAAAACCAAACUAUCUAUAGGGCGGGAAAACGCAGGCGAUCAAGUGAUGAUUGGUUUCAGUUUUGCAUCGGAUUGGUUGAGCGAGUGGUGGAGGUUUUCUGGACCAAUCACAGAACAUUGUUAUCAAGUAAAACCAAAACAAUCCCGGGUUGCUUUCGACACUCGACUGAAAACUGCGGUAUUAGUAGCACUAGGGAAUUUAAGAAAACUACGACGUCAACGAUAGCGUCACCAAACGAAAGGUUUACUGAGCAGAACAAUGGCUCUGCACGUGCGUUAUAAAUCUUUGUAAAUUACUUUGCGUCCACUGCCAACAAUAACGUGAAAUGACCAAGCUUUGCGGCUUUUUUCGGAGAACGUGAACGACGACAGCUAAUUUUUUAAACUUCUAUCGCUGUGUUCCAUGUUCAGUUUCGAGAUAAUUUUGACAGUGAGAAACAAACUAAAUGAAUUUAGAGUAUCCCGAGAUUCGUAAACAAAACUUAAGUUUGUUUUUAACCCCGUACACCCUAACAUCAGUAUGUAUAUUCUCCAUACUGUUCCUAAUGUGCUGGCAAGAAGAAUUUGUUUAGUUGUUUUGUUUUAGUUUUUUUUUUUUGUUUGAGUUGUCCACGGCGUCGCCGUCGUAGUUUCUUAAAAUCCCUAUUUUCUUAGAAAUCACGGUUGCCGUAUUAUUUAACCGAUGCCCACUCGAAAAAGCGAAGCCGGAGACUCAGGAAAUGGUGUUGAGUGUACUGAUCACUUUUGACUGAAAGAAAUCUUAUUCCACCACAGUUUUGACUUUUUUUAUAUUUUACUUUUAUUUAAUCAUUCCUUACUUUGUUUUUUCUACUUAGUAAUGUCUUGAAAUAACGAAAAAGGC